AUGCUCUCUAAAUUGGCGGUUAGUUUGCUGGUCACUAGCACUAUUGCUGCUUCUGCCGAGACUGCAACGCCCCGGCCGGAGUGUCCCAACAUUCAUGUCUUCGGGGCGCGCCACACGACUGCAACAGAUGACUAUGGCCUCGCAAAGGAGCUUGUGAACGCGAUUGUUGAGACCCAUCCUGGAGCAACAGCCGAACGCAUUGAUUACCCUGCCCAGGGAGGCUCUACUGAUAUAUUCGCUUGGUCUGCUCAGACAGGGGUCCGAGCCGUCACUCAUCAAGUUACUUCAUUUGUGAAUAGGUGCCCUGACACUCAGAUUGUCUUGGUUGGGUAUUCUCAGGGCGCUGAGAUUAUAGAUGAUGCCAUGUGUGGUGGCCCUGAUCCCACCGUGAAUAUCAGCAGCACCGAACCCCCCUUGUCUAGUGAGAUUGGGUCGCAUGUCAAGGCAAUAGUUUGGAUGGGUAACCCCCGUCAUACCAUUGGUGCGCCUUUCAACCUAGGAACAGCCAGCGCAUCGGGGACCCGUCCGCGAUCUGAAAACCUGUCCUGUCUCCCGUAUACCGAUAUAAUCCAGUCUUACUGUGACCAGGGAGACAGAGUCUGUACUGACGGCGACUCCUGGGAGGUGCAUGGGAGCUAUGCUGCGAAAUACACUUACAAUGCCCUUGAGUUUGUUAAUGAGCGGCUUUAUUAA